GACGCGAAUGUCGGAAGUGAAUUCCACAGCUACAGUUGUUGACAGGUCUCUGUAAAGUUACAAUUUAAGCUCUAUAUUACAUCUAUUUUGUGUGUUUUUCCUCAGACAAUACAUAAGCAUAGAGGAUACACUGUCUUUGGAACAAGCAAGAACGACGCUAUACAAAGAGCUUCAAUGAGUCGCAGUAGAAAUCCACCUGCCCGUGGGCAAGGAGCAGCCCGAGCCAAACAGAUGGGGCUGUUACUUGACCUAAACCCUGAUGGAGGAAUGGAUGAUGGUGAAAAUGAUGAAGACCUGGAGGCAGAGCUGAUGAAUUUGGUUGGUUCAGGUGGUGGAGGAAGAGCUCAACCCAAGAAAGGUGAUGGAAGAGCUCCCGUUGCAAUGGCAGAAAUAGAGCGAAUGGCAGCUCUAUGUAUGAAAGACAUAGAUGAUGAUGUAGGAGAUGAAGAUUUGGAGGAUGAGGAUCUUCUGGCAGAGUUAAAUGAAGUUUUAGAGGACAGUGAAGAAGAAACCUCAGCUCCCACACCUUCUGCCUUUACUCCAUCAGCUCCAAAAGUCACUAUCACAUCCCACUCACCAGCUACAGCCCCCAGUGGGGCAACAGGAGUGGAGUCAAUGUUAAUGGAACGUAUUCAGAUGUACAAUACAGCCAUAUCCAAUGCCAAAGCUGCUGGAGAAAGUAGCAAAGUGAGAAGAUAUGAACGUGGAUUAAAGACCUUGCAGUCCAUGUUAACAUCUGUGAAGAAAGGAAAGCCAAUCAAUGAAGAAGAGGUGCCGCCUCCUGUUGCUUUGGGGGGAAAGCCCAGUGCAUUACCUGAAGUUGUUCCAACCGUACCACAAGUACCACAUCCUGUGGACAAGCCCCCCUCCUCAUACAGUCAAAAACCUUCCAAAGAAGCUCCACCACCUGCUUACAAUGCUAAGCCACAACUUGCUCCUCCUCAAAAUAGUGCUGCUCCAUCUAUCACCCCAGACACCCCUGCCAUUUCUCCACUCACUCCUAGUCGACCUGAUCCACAAGACUCAGAGCUGAAGCAGGCAGUGUUGUCCAGGCAAAGAGAAUACAAGUUGGCUGCUAUCAAUGCAAAACAAAAUGGAGACAUUAAUUUGGCCAAACAACACUACAUGGUUGCCAAGAAAAUGGAUGCAAUGCUGGAAGCACUGGGCAAACAUGAACCAUUUAAUGUGAGCUCACUCCCUCCUCCGCCCGGUGAUGCCGGUGAUACACCCACACCUGUUCCUCAGGCUUCCUCUAAACCUGUCACUUCUGCUGUCCCUGCUGCCCCUGCUGCUCUUGCUGCUUCUGCUGCGCCUGCUGCGCCUGCUGCUCCAACUUAUGUAAACCCAGCAAGCCUUCCCGCUCCCAAGACAAUAGCUGAAGCGUUACAUCAAAGAAUGGAAAUAUACAAAUCAGCAGCAGAGGGAGCCAAGAGCAAAGGAGAUGACCGCAAGGCGCGCAUGCACCAGCGCAUUGUCAAGCAAUACCAAGAUGCAAUCAAAACCCAAAAAGCUGGACGACCUGUAAACUUGUCAGAUCUCCCUAUGCCACCAGGCUGUCCACCACUUCAAGGCUCAGAGGGGGGAGAGCAGAACUUCAUGGGAGUCCUGGAAACAGCAGUGAAAAUUGCAAAUCAGGAUGUUGAAGCAGACGAUGAUGAGGAGGACACCCCUAAAGGGACAACUACGUCUGCAGUCCGUCAACCAGUACAGAAAGCCAAAUCCCCAGCCCCUCAGGCUGCCCCCAAACUAGCACCUAAAGUCCAACUACAAUUAGAUUUCCUGUUGCUAAGGCGACAGGCUUUUGUACGUGCAGCUCUUCGCUCAAAACAGAUGAAGGAUAUGACAGGAGCAGCACAACACCUGAAACAUGCAAAAGGAGUGGACCCCAUGAUAGAAGCUUCCAAGUCUGGACUUCCUGUUGACAUCAGAAAGGUUCCAAUGGCUCCAAUAAAUGAGGAGGAUUUCUCUUUGUCACGUUCCCGUUCUUCACCAUCGAUGUCACCUCGCUCCAGUGAACAGUAUCAUGCUCUGAUGGAUCUUCUCAGAAAGCAGCAUGAUAAAUGUAUGGGCUUUUGUCAACAGUUCACUGAGUACGGCAACAUAGCCGAGGCCUUUAAGUUUGAGAAGCUGAUGGGGGAAUGUAUGAAAAGUAUAGAGAUACUGAAAAAUGGCUAUGCUAAAGGACAUCCAGUUCCCAAGUGCCGUACUGAGGAGAGGACCUUCAACACUGUGAAGAUCUAUUCAAAUCUAACUCCUAAUGACAUGGUACUAUACAUCAUCAAAGGUGUCAACCUGCCAGCACCUCCAGGUGUCUCGCCUAACGAUCUCGAUGCCAGUGUGAAGUUUGAGUUCCCUUUUCCCAGUGCAGAAGAAGCCCAACAAGACAAGACCAACAAUGUGAAAGGCAGUAACAACCCAGAGUUUAAAGAGCAGUUUAGACUCAACAUAAACCGUUCACAUCGAGCCUUCAAACGAGUUAUUCAGUCCAAAGGAAUCAAAUUUGAAGUCAUCCACAAAGGUGGUUUCUUCAAAAAUGACAGAGUUGUCGGUACUGCUCAGUUGAAGCUAGAGGCGCUAGAGAACAACUGUGACUUUAGGGAGUUCAUAGAGGUGAUGGAUGGGCGUAAAGCCACUGGAGGUAAGCUGGAGGUGAGAGUGAAGAUUCGGGAACCUGUGUCUGGGGCUCAUCUGCAGCCGAUCACAGAAAAGUGGCUGGUUCUGGAUCCAGUAUCUCCACUGUCGCCUCCUGAGAGGCAAAAGGAAAGGGCGCCUUCUCCUCGAUCCAAACACAGAAAUGAAACAAGCAGCAGUGCCAGGAGUAGCAACCCCAGUAGCAGCAGCUCUCCACCUCAGUACAAACUCCACAGCUUCAGCCUCCUCAACUUUGACAAGGAGAGGUUUGAGAGAAAGAUAGCAGAGUACCGUAAAAACCGUCGUGAUCCUCCGCCAGACCUUAUACAACAAUACAAAGAUGUCACAAAUAGACUACAAUGGCAGAAAGCUCAACUUGAACGUGCCUCACCUGCUAUGCUAAAUGAAUAUGAAAAUGUUCUAAAACGAUUCGCACAUGGACUCUCCGAUUCAAUAAAGAAAUACUCCAGCGAAGGAAACAGAGAUGCUGCUAAGGAUGCUCUUGGCAGACUGAAGAUGGUAGAACAUGAGCUUGAGUCACUCCAAAGGAAACGCACGGGAUGAGAAGGAAGAAGGAACUCCAUGCCAUGCUGGAAUACUGUUAUCGUCCCUCAUUUAGAAACACUACAGUGGGUACUUUUAGCAUGAUUACAGUACUGCUUCAUACCUGCAUGGAAACUUCAGUCAGUUUAGCUUCCAUUUAUUGCUGCAAAAAUGUAUUACACCAGAGAUAUACAUGCAGGUUAUUUUUGCACUUAAACACUACAGAAUUCCUCCCGGCCUUAUAUUUAAAUGUUUUAACUAUUUUUGCACUCAUAACGUUAUUAACACUUCAGUAGCUCUCCAUCAUGGUGAGUGGGAAGCAUUAGGCAGCAAGAGUUUGUACCUGAAACAAACUAAAUUGUUAAAGUAAAAGUGCAGAAGAGUUUGUCUGCUCUGAUCCAAUAAAUCCCCAAAUUUGUCAGAGCAUCUCCUUUGGUUAGAGGUGCUAAAGUAUCAUUUAUAAUAUAAUAAAAUAUACCAUUUAGAUAUUUAAUUAUAUUAUAAUGAUAAAGGAAUAAUUUUGCAUUUUGGGGGAUAAGUUCGCCAUCCAUCUGUUCAAUACUUUAAUUCUCAAGCCAAACAUUUACAGGAAAAUUGUAUAAUUUUUUUUGAUGGUCCAGAUCCUGAUUCAGUGAUGAUAUGCUGAGAUUGUCUUAUUGUAACUCAUUAAUUCUGUUUAAUGCAGCUAUGUGCUGAAACCCAGACUCUUUUUCGCCUUUGUUCUUGGAUUUAACCAAUUACAGCAAUGUUUGACCUCGCAGAAGAAGAACAUGUUUUUUGUUACACUCUAGUGCCAGAUAAAGGAUACUAACUGGAUGAAUCAUGAUCAUCAAAUUCAUUUUUGGAAUAACACCCUCCUUUAGAAUCUAUCAAAAAAGGAUUCUAGGUUCAUAUAGUAGCAUUAUGACAUCCUCAGAAAAAGAUAGGUGGUCAGAAUUCUUCCUCUGAUUUGUUUACUUGUCAUUAUGUGUCCACGCCCAUAUGAUUGUGUGCCUGUAAGUACCAGUGUGUAGUAUGUAUAACCCUCAAACCAAUGUGUUUUAACCCCAUAUUUUAUCUGUGAAAUGAGCUUAAUCUAAUCUGUCUGCUCCAGUGUUUCCAGAUUACAGUAAUCUCCCCCCUUUGCCAUUCUGUGAUAUGAGAGUAUAAAAAGUGGGGCUUUCGGGGCACUGCAGUCUACAUCCCAUAAUGAGGGAUUAGUGUUUGUGUCACCAAGGAGACGCUGAGAUCAAGUCGCUUUUAGGUUUGGCAAAGAAGGGUGUUACGAGUUACCAAACCUAACAUCUUCCUUCUGUUGAUUUAUAUUGUUACAAUGUUCUUCGAUUCCUCUGUGUCUAUUCACAGAUUUUAACACAAUUGUAUGCUGGAUGAAAUAAUAUCCCUUUACCCCAUUUUAUUUAUAAAUUCAGGGCUGCGGUGCGUUUUUUGUUUGGUCCCAGGACCUGAAUCUUUUUUUUAAGCUUUUUUUUUUUAAUUCUUAUACUCUUUCUGCUAAAAUAAUUGUUGAACAGAUUGUUGUUAUGGCUCCUCUCCAACUGAAACGUUUGAUCAUUACUUCAAGUGGACGUGAACUGGCAUGGGAGAAAAAGUCAGUAAUUUCAAGAUUGAAAAUAUCAUUAUGGUGGUUUUCAUGGUUUUGAGUGGGCAAGUUUUUUUUUUCAUUUGGCAAAGCUCAAAAUUACAAAAGAUAUUACAUUUUUCUAAUAUGGCUCACCUGAUCUGUGAUUCUGAACCACAAACAACACUCCAUGUUAGAUUGUGUGACUCAUGUUUCUGUGACACUUUGUGUGGUCGGUGCAUGAAAUUGAAGAAUGAUGCUCUUCUCAAAACAAAUCACACAAUAAUAACAAUAAUAAUAACAAGUAUCAUCGGUCUGUCUGUGCUGAGAAAAAAAUCUAAAUGAAAUGAGUGUAUGCUAUGAUCUUCAGAGCAUAGACAAACGAUAACAUUACUGUAAAUUCUAAUUAAUUCAGGGGUAAAUUCUCAGUUUGUCAUUAUAGCCACAAAGCCCUUAUUUCAUUUAACACUUUACUUACCUCUAAUUUCACCCUUUUGUCCAGUUGACAAAUUUUAAUUUGUCUUUUGCUAUUGAUCACACCUGGUCGACUGAGGGAUUACACAGAUACUCCUAAAGGUUUAAGUCUAGUUUGACUGCUGUUUGUUUACCCUGGAGCUGUUCUGUUCACCAAAUCAACACUUGCAUAUGUAUGUAACGAUGCCCUAUUAACAUAUCAUAAUUAUGGAAUCAAAUGCGCCCCCUUCUCUCUGUCUUUUGGUGGGUGCACUAAGCAGCGCUCAGCUUUGGGAUUUGUGUUUUUGGGAUAGGCCUGUCCCACUGGUGACUCACUUUCCCUCCACACAGCAGACACCCACUCUUACUUUUUAUCUUAUGGCUGAUUUGGUGGACCAUUUUGGUAGAAGUAAAACGGGCUAUAAAUCAGUGUAUAUGCCUAUGUAAUAUUUGUAUACUAUAAAAUAUAUGAUCGUUGGAUAUUUUAAAUGUCAUGUUUUGGGAAUUGUAACAGCCUUUGUCUGGGCUUAUUGCUAUAUAUGAAGAUGGUGAGCGAAAAUAAAAGCAUUAUCCUCCUUCCCA